AUGGCUGAAUUCAACCCCGAGUCUAGUGUUGCUGCUAGAUAUGACAAUACAGAAUGCUUCCUGAAGGCACUACCUCCACCUGCUACUAAGAGGUAUGUCUACCAAUACAGCCAAAAAUUCCAAAAGAUUUUGGAUUCUGAGCGAAAUGCACGUCAUUACAAGUUAAACGUGGACUCAGCUCACUCUGAUUACAUUAUCUUCUUGAUUUCACCUUACUCAUUCGAUCGCGAAUUUCGUGCCGGCUAUGAAUGA